CAGAAAAGCUGAGGCUAAAGUCUGAAACUACACUAAAAGAAAGAAGGUGAACAUUUUUCUCCACCUGCAUUGUCUCCAUCAUGAAGCUGCUUACUCUGUCAUUCCUUCUUUGUGCCCUGCUGGCCCUCAGCCUUGCAGCUGAUGCAAAGAAUGAGUCUGGGAAAGAAGAGGUUGUUUCUAAAGCGGCCGAGGAUGAAAGUGAAACUGACAAGGUUGUUUCUGAAGAACCCGAGAAUGAGGAAACUGCUCCAGAAGAAGAUGAUUCUGAGGAGGAGGAUGCAGUUCCAGAGGAAGCAGAACAAACUGAAAGCGAUGCAGACCAAUCAGAGAAAAGCCACGUGGUCAAGAGAGCGACAUCUUGCCCCAGCGGUUGGACAAAAUAUGGAUCUCGUUGUUACCUCUAUGUUGCAGCUAGUUACACCUGGGCUCAGGCUGAGCGAUACUGUGUCGCCCAAGGUGGAAACCUCGCAUCUGUACGAAGCUCAACUGAAUAUAAUUGGCUAAGAAGCUAUAUUUACAGCAGGGCUCGUUCAUACAGAAUGACUUGGAUCGGAGGUUCUGAUGCUCAGCAGGAGCGUUACUGGUUUUGGAGCGAUGGGACUCCUUUCAGGUAUAAUUCCUGGUGCUCAGGCAUGCCGAGGACAAGUUCCAGCUACAACUGUCUUGUCAUGAACUACUCAGCUUGCAGAUGCUCUUUGGACUACCCAUGCACUCAUCGAUACCCAUUCGUCUGUGUCAGGAAAUAAACACCACAAGUGAAGAAUCAUUAUGUGGAAAAAAUCUAAUUGGUCUUAUUUUUCUUAAGCUAUCCUCUUUUACUGCAAUGCUAAGUGUUUGAAGCGACAAGAUAAAGAAAAUCAGGUUGAUUGUCUCUGAGGUCAUGCACCAAAGAGCCAAAAAGGAAGAGUUCUGGAAAGAGUGUUUUAUGC